GCGAAUCAGGUGCAUCACAUCAGUACAAUGGACUAUCUACAGGCAACCAAAACUCCGGAAAGUCCAACGUUUGCAAGCCUUCUUACCAGUGUACCCCAAAAUUAGGGUUUGGACAACCCAUUUAAAGCCUCACUCUUCUUAUCAUUUCCCUUCUUUCUCAUACCUUGGCUAAAACCUAGCCGCCUCCCUCUCUUUCUCUCUCGGAAGAUCUGAAUUGGAAGGUUUUUUUAGUACUAUUUUAGUUGGUGAAAUUUAAGCGGCUGACAAGAUGGUGAAGUUUACAGCAGAGGAGCUCCGAAGGAUUAUGGACCUGAAACAGAACAUUCGUAAUAUGUCUGUUAUUGCUCAUGUUGACCAUGGAAAGUCAACACUUACCGAUUCUCUCGUGGCUGCUGCUGGUAUCAUUGCACAAGAAACUGCUGGUGAUGUCCGUAUGACUGAUACUCGUGCUGAUGAAGCUGAGCGUGGUAUUACCAUCAAGUCUACUGGGAUCUCUCUAUACUAUGAGAUGUCAGAUGAAUCUCUGGCGAGCUUUAAGGGAGAACGAAAGGGGAAUGAGUAUCUCAUCAAUCUUAUUGAUUCUCCUGGACACGUUGACUUCUCAUCAGAGGUCACUGCAGCUCUUCGUAUCACAGAUGGUGCGCUUGUUGUGGUUGAUUGCAUUGAAGGUGUUUGUGUCCAAACAGAAACUGUCCUUAGACAAGCUCUUGGUGAAAGGAUUCGACCUGUUUUGACUGUCAACAAGAUGGACAGGUGUUUCCUUGAGCUUCAGGUUGAUGGUGAGGAUGCUUACCAAACAUAUCAAAGAGUUAUUGAGAAUGCAAAUGUUAUUAUGGCAACCUAUGAAGAUCCCCUCCUUGGUGACGUUCAGGUUUACCCUGAGAAAGGUACUGUUGCUUUCUCAGCUGGGUUGCACGGUUGGGCUUUCACCCUAACCAACUUCGCAAAGAUGUAUGCCUCCAAGUUUGGUGUUGACGAGGCUAAGAUGAUGGAAAGGCUCUGGGGUGAAAAUUUCUUUGAUCCUGCUACCAAAAAGUGGACCACCAAGAAUACUGGAACUGCUACUUGCAAGCGUGGGUUUGUCCAGUUCUGUUAUGAACCCAUCAAGCAAAUAAUCAGUACCUGCAUGAAUGAUCAGAAAGAUAAGCUAUGGCCUAUGUUGAAGAAGCUUGGUGUUUCCAUGAAGUCUGAUGAGAAGGAUCUGAUGGGAAAGCCCUUGAUGAAACGUGUCAUGCAAACUUGGCUUCCUGCAAGUACUGCCCUAUUGGAAAUGAUGAUACACCAUCUGCCUUCUCCGGCAACUGCUCAAAGAUACCGUGUUGAAAAUUUGUAUGAGGGACCACUUGAUGAUAUAUAUGCUAAUGCUAUUAGGAACUGUGAUCCUGAGGGACCACUCAUGCUUUAUGUGUCCAAGAUGAUUCCAGCUUCUGACAAAGGAAGGUUUUUUGCAUUUGGUCGUGUCUUUGCUGGCAAGGUAUCCACUGGGUUGAAGGUCAGGAUCAUGGGUCCGAACUUUGUUCCUGGGGAGAAGAAAGAUUUAUAUGUGAAGAGUGUUCAAAGAACUGUUAUUUGGAUGGGAAAGAAGCAGGAAACUGUGGAAGAUGUGCCGUGCGGAAACACAGUUGCUCUGGUUGGUUUGGAUCAGUUUAUCACCAAAAAUGCUACUUUGACAAAUGAGAAAGAAGUUGAUGCCCAUCCUAUCAAAGCAAUGAAGUUUUCUGUCUCACCUGUUGUGCGUGUGGCUGUUCAGUGCAAGGUUGCCUCUGACCUUCCCAAACUUGUGGAAGGGCUGAAGCGAUUGUCCAAAUCUGAUCCUAUGGUUGUUUGUACUAUUGAAGAGUCUGGAGAGCAUAUUAUUGCUGGUGCUGGGGAGCUUCACCUUGAGAUCUGCUUGAAGGAUUUGCAGGAUGACUUUAUGGGUGGUGCUGAAAUUAUUCAGUCAGAUCCAGUUGUUUCCUUCCGUGAAACUGUGCUUGAGAAGUCUGUCCGUACUGUGAUGAGCAAGUCCCCCAACAAGCAUAAUCGUUUGUACAUGGAAGCUAGACCACUAGAAGAAGGACUUGCUGAGGCUAUUGAUGAUGGUCGCAUUGGUCCCAGGGAUGAUCCUAAGAUCCGAUCCAAAAUUUUGUCUGAAGAGUUUGGCUGGGACAAAGAUCUUGCAAAGAAAAUCUGGUGUUUUGGUCCCGAGACUACUGGUCCAAAUAUGGUGGUUGAUAUGUGUAAGGGAGUACAGUACCUUAAUGAAAUUAAGGAUUCUGUUGUUGCCGGUUUCCAGUGGGCAUCAAAGGAAGGUGCUUUAUGUGAGGAAAACAUGCGAGGAAUUUGCUUUGAGGUUUGUGAUGUUGUUCUCCAUGCUGAUGCUAUUCACAGAGGUGGUGGCCAGGUUAUCCCAACUGCAAGGAGGGUUAUAUAUGCUUCUCAGCUAACUGCCAAACCACGUCUCCUGGAACCUGUUUACCUGGUGGAAAUUCAAGCGCCAGAAGGUGCCCUUGGUGGAAUUUAUAGUGUUCUCAAUCAGAAGCGUGGGCAUGUGUUCGAAGAAAUGCAGAGGCCUGGUACCCCUCUGUACAACAUUAAGGCAUACCUUCCUGUUGUUGAGUCUUUUGGAUUCUCAGCCCAAUUACGAGCUGCUACCUCAGGGCAAGCUUUCCCACAAAGUGUCUUUGAUCAUUGGGACAUGAUGAGUUCUGAUCCUUUGGAGGCUGGAUCCCAGGCAUCAACUCUUGUAACUGAUAUUCGCAAGCGCAAGGGUUUGAAGCAACAGAUGACACCUCUAUCCGAUUUCGAGGACAAGCUGUAAGUCGUUGGUGGCUGCUGGAUAUGGUUUGGAGACUGGCAGUAAGAGUCUCUUUUGCUUGUUUUCAUUUUUGCGCUAUCUUCUAAACAUGUUAUGUAACUCAACAAAGACUAUUGUUUCUGUUAAAUUUCUCUUCGUCCAAAAUGUUGUGUAGCUGGUACAUCGGUAUUUCACUGAAUGUUCCCCAGUUCCACGUGGUUAAAAUGACUAUUGUUCCUGUUAAAUUUUCA